UUGGUGCAGUUACCGGCUCUGAAAAUUCACUUCUACCAUAAAGAAAUCCUCACAACUCUCGGCAACCUCAUUGGAAGAACUAUUAAGCUCGACUAUCACAUGCUCAAUCGUCAACGGGCAAAGUUUGCCCGUCUUGCGGUGGAGGUGGAUUUGGCCAAACAUCUAGUUCCGCGAAUAUGGUUGGAUGAUGCGUGGCAAAAAGUAGAGUACGAGAACUUGCCGGCGGUCUAUUUUGAAUGCGGAAAAAUCGGGCACGACGCAGUGGAAUGCCCAAAAAUUCUCAAGAACUCACCGCCGGCGACCCUCGCCAUAACCGGCCCGGCGACCACUACGGAAACAGCGGAGCAAUUGGUCGAUGAACCUAACCCAGGAUUCGGUCCUUGGAUGCUGGUCUCGCGCAAAAGUCGGCGGAAUCAGAGGGAUCUCGAGAAGAAAGGUAAGUCGGAGACGGAUGCAAGGCAUCCGAAUCAAGGAAAUCAGGCCAUUUUGGGGAAAGGCGGGAGCUACAACAAGGAAAGAAUCUCCCCCUCUCCCGCGCCCUCGUCCCCACUAAAAAUCUCUCAGCAACGGUUCUCAAGCCAAGAAAAGAAGGCUGGGAACGGGAAGAAAAAAGUGGAAGAAGGAAAGAAAGGGAAAGCCAUUAUGAUCUCGGAGACGGCGGAUAAUAGCGCGAGUAUUUUGGGCCCAGGGCCUUCCCGAAACCCUACACCGAAUCCAGUUCCUGCAGCGGGCCACGAGACCAAUCGGGCCACCUCUUCAGCCCACUUCCCUAUGAGCCCAACGCAUGCGAACAAGACCAAGUCCAAGUCCAAGGAGGAACUCGGCCUUAGAGCCUCCCCGCUCCCGCAGCCCAAUCUCCAUACGGUGAUUGGGCCCAAUGGCACAAUUAUGCAGAUAGUGGAGGUGCCACCGACAGCUGCUCCCCCCCCCCCCCCCCCGGGAAAAAAAAACCUUCACGAUUCCCCAUCGACUGCUACGCGAACCAAAAGGAACAAGAAACAGAAGGCUCAGCUGCAGAAAUCGCCGUUCAGGUUCCCUCCGAUGAAAUCUCUACAAAUUUGGACCCCUAAGAAGGAAAAGAAGGCCAAAUCGAGAGUGAGAAUAGCAACACUAACACUGCAAGAGAUUAACGCCUGGACAAGCGCAGCAAAGCUUUCGACUGGAAUUUCUGGGGAUUCGCCGCCGGCCGACCCCCCUGAAGGAUUUUCUCCGACCCCCCCUCCUCGGCGGAGGGCGCUACACCUCUCCCCGCUUGAUCUGCUCUUUGUCUUCUCUUCCCCCUCCUCUUUCUUUUAA